AUGGUUGGUGUGCCUGGCAGAUCGAAGGCUUGCAAGACGUGCCGAAGCCGAAGAGUCAAAUGCGAUUUGCAACGGCCCAGCUGUGGCCAAUGCCAGAGACGGCAAGUCACAUGCGGCGGGUACGAGCGGCAGCUCAUAUUUGUCAAUAACACUUCACAGGAAGUCCCGAGCUCUACUUUCAGGCUCGGGAACAAGGCCUAUUCAACUGCGGACCGUGGAAGUGAAAGAACCCUGACCAGAGCGCCUCCAUCGCCGCAAACCAUUCAUCAACAUGCAUUCGUUUCUAGGGCUUCCGAGGAACGCAUGGUGGGUUGGUUUUGGUCCACCUAUCUUCCAAACGGCCGAUCGGCUUCAAGUGAAUCAGCACAGUUUUCUCUGUACGGUUGGACUACUCUGAUUCGAGACAUGUACGACAAAAACAACAUGGUCCGGGCAGCAGUUCUAGCAAGCGUAUUGGGAAGGAUGGCCGGGGUGGAAGAUAGCCCAACGAUCCGCCGAAAAAGCCAUGAGCUAUAUGGAUGGACACUGCUUUCUUUGGCGAGGAUUCUUCAAGAGCCUUCCAAGCAUCCGUGUUAUCUAAUUCUCUCAGCUUUGAAAUUAUUGGGAUUUUAUGAGCUCUGGUCAAGAUCGGAUGAGAGUAGUCAUCCAAACCCGUUCAAAGCGUGGAGCUCGCACGUCACGGGCAAUGCUGCGUUUAUCCUACUGAGAGACCCGAGUGCCUUUAUCGAAGGGCAUGCCCAUAGACUCUUUGCUGACAGCCGCUAUGGUCAGGCUAUUGUUGGCAUUAAGCUUCGGAAGCCGUCACCUUUAGCCCAACCAGAGUGGAAAACGAUCCCAUGGAAAAUCAUUCAGAAGACGCCCAGGGAUAGCCUGCUCGACAUUAUGAUUGAACUACCAGGAAUUUAUGAAGAGGUGGACUCCAUCAGCGCUUGUAAAGACCGAAACUCCCAACAAGAUCGCCGAAGACAGCUAAGAGCAAGAUGCUGGUCGCUUUCGAAUGAUCUCCAAAGCUGGGAAGCCGUAUCUGGCCGAGCCACGCUUAAAUUCGCGGAAAGCGUGUUAGAGGCAGGAAAUCAAGUCCACAGCCAUCCCUUAUCGCCUGACGAUCUUUCAAAAGGAAUUCUUGUUUUGAUAUACUGGGCUGUGUGCAUUAUGUUGUACGAUGUUCUCAAGAGUGAUGCAGACCUUGACCCAUCUUUCUCGCAAGUCUCCAACAUACGGCCACGUUUUGCCGAACCAUCGAUUUACUGUCGCAAAGUGGCCGCUUUAUUGCCUUGUUUCUUGACUCCAGACACAAGCACCAACUACUUGAUCUUGUAUCCAGUGGGCACUGCACUUCAAUACCAGCGCAAAAUUGACAAGGGCACCAUGUCCAAGGAGCAGGUUGCUUUGAUGCAGGCCUUCACAGGCAAUGAAGGGAAGACUGCAAUGGCGUUUAUGAACGAUGCACAUGGCUUCAAAGGUUCCACAUCCAAUUCAUCUUCAGAUCAGAAACCACUCACCUGA